UCUCAAUGCAAGAUAAUCAGAUACAAAGCUAGAUACAUGAGCAGCUCAGAAAGUCCAAUAUGUCUACCGAAUUCUUACAGAAUAAUAAAAUCAAGAGAUAAUAAGAUAGCCAAAUAGCAAACUAGUAAAAGAAACAAACCAAGUGGAUAUAGAUCUAUACCGAUCUAAAUUGAAAUCACAAUGACUGAACUCGGCAUGGAAAGUCAAUCUACAUGUGGAGAUAAACUCCAAUUUUUGACAAGAGCAACAAAUUUGAUAGGUUGUUGCAAAAUCCCCAAAUUUGAAAUUCUAAGAUUAAAAAGAUUGCAACCUGCAAAUAAAUUUGACAAAAAAAAAAAAUAGAUAAAAAGAAACUACAAGUGUGAGGGAAAGUGCAGGAAAUAAAAAGGAGAAGGAGGAGACGAUGGUUGAUGGUCAGAUACACCGGCGAUGCCAGAUUCAGAUUAAGAAGCUUCAAGAGAGAGUGAGAAAUAGCUUUCUAAUUUUGGGUGUCGUCUGGUGAGUUUUCAUAGUCCGGCGGCGGGUGACGGCCGCUAUCAUGAUUUGAACGGAAUCGUCGAUUGGGAACAUGAAUAGUGGAGGAAGGCAUCGCCCUGUGGGAACCAAAAUCUAAUUGCACAUUGUUAUGAAAAAUAGCUUGGAAGUAGGAUCCUAAUUAGCUGGGAGAAGUCAGUCUCGUGCAUGUGUUGGCACGUGGUUAAUUAGUUGUUAGUCUAACUAAGCAUGUUAUGAGUUCAAUUAAGUCUAAUCACUCCAUGUGCGACACGUGUCCACAUGAUAUGGGCUAUAUAUGCCUCAAUCUGUAGCUGAAAACCCUAUUGUUGAAUAUCAGUUCAUUAUCUUCUUCCUUUCCUUUACGUUUCUUUGCAAUCGCUCACAGUUAGGGCCUCUACCCUAACAUUUGGUAUCUAGAGCCUAGUUGUUCAUGGGCAAAUUGAAGGGGGGUGGGAAACCCCCAUCCGAUGACCCUCACGUUUCCGGUGAGCUAUCUCACUUGGAAUUCGAGCUUCAGGUCCAUCGUGAUGAAACCAGUGCGCGGUUAGAUGCGAUGCAGGCUUCCCUCCAUGAUUCUAUGGCCACCACUCUGGCUAGCUUCAAAGCCUUGUUGAUGGAUGAAUUUAAACAGCAGCUCUCUAAUUUCACCAAAGAAAGCUCGGGGACCCAACCACAAUCCACACCACUCAUUCCGAGUAGCACAGCAAUCCCUCAACCUGAUGGAUCUGUGAAAUUUGGGUCUCUAUCUUCUCCCAUUGACCACUUGGUUCCAGUCCCGACAACGGAGGAGUCCUCUUCAGUGGUGGUGAGAUCUGAGGGUAAUUUCGCACACCUCCCUCUUGUUACAUCUUCCUCCUACAGUAAUGCUAAUGAUGUGAUAUUGUACACCACAAAUCCCAUGACUACUCAAGCUGUGAACAUGCAUAUGAAUGCAAUUGCUCCUAAUUAUGGCGAGAAGGACAAAGGAGUAGUACCUAACAUGCUUGGUCUUAAGUCAGUGGGAAAUAUUUAUUGUGAUAUCCCUCCACAGUUUGAUACUGUUUGCCAUGGGGCUCCACUUCAAUUCCCUCAGUCCGGUACUGCAUGUCCUGCAUCACAUGCUUCUUCUUUGGUUUUGCAGGAUAAUAACCCCUUUGUCAUGACAUAUUCUGGGCCUUAUUCUAUUACUAUGCAUCAUGUCCCUUCAAAACCCCCUCCACUUUCCAGUAGUCAUAAUCAGUCACAAGCUAAAGGCACCUCACCUUUCAUUAGUACCAAUGCUUUACCUACUAUGACCUCACCUUUCAUUGGUACCAAUGCUUUACAUACUAUGGCCACAACCACCACCACCCAUAUGUUCCACCCACCUCCAUACUUCUCUCACGUUUCCACACCCUUUUAUCAACCUAAUUUCCCUGUUCAAAUGGGCCACCCUCAUCCCCAAUUUCAGAAUCACUUGUUCCAACCCCCACAUGUGGAUCCCAAUUUACCUACUAUGAAACAAAUGCUGUUGGAAUUUAGUGUAUACGGUGGAGGAGAUCCAGUGGAAUGGUUAAACAAGGCUGACCAAUAUUUUGAGUUUUAUCAAAUACCAGAAGAUAGGAAGCUCUCAAUUGCUACCAUGCACUUAACUGAUAAAGCUUAUGAUCGAUGGUAUAUGUUCAGGCAUGAAUUCCCUAACACUUGGCAGGGACUUGCUGACCUCUUGAUGAGAGAGUUUAGUGGUUACAAUAGGUCUAAAUAUCAGGCUGCUUUGGUUAGAAUGAAUCAAACUGGAAGUGUAGAACUCUAUAAAGAGCAGUUUACAAAAUUGUCUAGGAGAUGCCCUGGGUUUCCACCAGAGGUACUCCUCUCCUGCUUCAUUGGUGGACUUAAGGAGGACAUAAGAGUGGAUGUGCAAGCACAAAAACCACGAUCCCUGUAUGAGGCUUGUGAACUAGCUAGAGUUUAUGAGACACGAAAUGAAGGACAUAGAAAUUCUCUUAAGGGUUGUCACUCACAUAGCACUCAUAAGGCUACUGUGACUCCUUACUCUCCCAAUGCUCACAAGUCCACUUCAAUUAAUCAUCAAGCCAAAUCCACAGGUCCUGUAUUCACUUCCAGAGCAGGUCAUACCAGUAGUGGAAGUAGGAAACUGUCAGAAGCUGAAUAUGAGGCUAGAAGAGCCAGAAAUCAAUGUUUUUUCUGUGAAGAGCCAUAUAAGCCGAGACAAAACUGUAGAAAAAAGGGGCAGUUGAUGGUAAUGGAGAUUGUCCCUGCUGAGAGUGAACUAGCUGACCCCACUGAUGACACUCAACUAUUGGAAGUUCCCCCUAUUAUUGACUUGGAUGAACCCCUGAUUAGACUACAAGUCAUGGGUGAUAACCACUCCAAAGCCGCCACUAUGCAGGUUAAAGGCAGAUUUCAUGGGAGAACAGUUCAUGUUCUGAUUAAUUCUGGGGCAACGCAUAAUUUUAUCCAUCCACACUUGCUUAGGGGCACUAAAGUGCACGUUCAUCACUUACCUCCACUGAAUGUUAUCUUGGCAAGUGGGGCCAAAAUGAAAACACAAGGUGAAGCUACCAUUGAUCUUCAGUUGCAGCAGUUUCAAUUCACUGACGAAUUUUACAUACUACCUGUAACUGGUUGUGAAAUAGUACUGGGAGCAGGAUGGCUUAGAUCAUUGGGGGAUAUCUUAUGGAACUUUGAUACUAUGAGAAUGAGAUUCACUGUUAAUGGUUCUGAGUUUCAGUUACAGGGUGAGACCAUUACUGAAGCCACUGUAAUAAAUUGCAAGGCUAUGACAAGGCUACUCAGAAAGGAAAAAGAAGCUAUGCUAGUUCAGGUUCAGCCAAUCUUACAGAGUCAAGAGGUUUUGGUACAGGAUCCACAAAUCCAAGCUUUGAUCCACAAAUAUGAAGAGCUGUUUACUACACCAUCUACUCUUCCACCAACAAGGACUCAAGAUCAUAGGAUUGAAUUACUACCAAAUACUUCCCCUGUGAGUGUCAGACCCUAUAGAUACCCUCAUUUUCAGAAAACAUAAAUCGAGAAAAUUGUGCAAGAACUGUUGGAUAAUGGUGUGAUCAAACCAAGUGUCAGCCCCUUCUCUUCUCCUGUGUUACUUGUUAAAAAGAAAGAUGGCACUUGGCGGAUGUGUGUUGAUUACAGAUCACUUAAUGCUGUGACUGUUAAGGAUAAAUACCCUAUCCCUGUAGUAGACGAGCUAUUGGAUGAAGUCCAAGGAUCCAGCAUUUUCACUAAACUGGAUUUGAGGUCAGGAUACCAUUAAAUCCGAAUGAAUCCAGCUGAUGUGCACAAGACUGCUUUUAGGACUCAUAAUGGCCAUUAUGAAUUUUUGGUGAUGCCAUUUGGGCUUACCAAUGCCCCAUCCACUUUUCAGUCUGUGAUGAAUGAUGUACUAAGGGACUAUUUACGAAAAUUUGCAUUGGUGUUUUUUGAUGAUAUUUUGGUCUACAGCCCCUCCAUGGAGGCACACCUAGAUCACUUGGAGAAGGUAUUUCAGAAACUACAACAGCAUUCCUUGAAGGUUAAACACAGCAAAUGUAGUUUUGGAGUUUCUCAAGUGGAGUAUCUAGGCCAUGUGAUUAGUAGAGCAGGAGUAGCUGUUGACCCUGCCAAAAUUGAAUGUAUCAAAAACUGGGAGAAGCCUCAGACUAUCAAAGGCUUGAGAAGGUUCCUAGGGCUGGCAGGCUAUUACAGAAAGUAUGUUCGAAAUUUUGGCAUCAUUGCCAAGACGUUAACUGACAUGCUCAAGGUGGGAGGCUUUCAAUGGAGUUCAACUUCUGAAGCAGCAUUUGAAGAAUUAAAGCAAGCCUUGAUGAGUACUCCAGUCCUACCAUUACCUGAUUUCACCAAGGAAUUUGUGGUUGAAUAUGAUGCAUCUGGCAUUGGUAUUGGGGCUAUUCUAUCCCAAGAAGGCCACCCCAUUGCUUACUUAAGCAAAGCUCUUGCUCCUAGACAUGUGGUACUGCCAGUUUAUGAUAAAGAAAUGUUAGCUGUUGUCUUUGCCGUGUAGCAUUGGAGGCCUUAUUUGCUAGGAAAUCAUUUCAAGAUCUAUACUGACCACAGAACCAUCCAAUAUUUUCUUAAUCAAAAGAUUUCUACACCAAGUCAACAAAGGUGGCUACUAAAGUUGGUUGGAUAUGAUUACUCAAUACACUACAAGACAGGAUAUGGAGGCAGGUGAGAUCAUACGGCAGUUGGAACAGGACCCCACUUCUGAACCUCAAUACUCACUAGUCAACUCUCAAUUGUUAUACAAGGGCAUGAUUUUUGUACUAAAGUCUGAUAAUUGGAGGACCAAGAUUAUUCACGAGUUCCACAAUGGGUACUGUGGAGGACAUGCAGGUGUUCAUCGAACUCAGAAGAGAGUUGCUAGAUUUUUUCCUGGCCCGGCAUGCACAAGGAUAUUAAGGCAGUUGUUGCAGCUUGUCAUACUUGUCAACAAAAUCAUUAUGAAACCAUCAACCCUCCUGGCUUGCUUCAACCAAAUGUGAUACCAGAUAAGGCCUGGACCAACAUUUCUAUGGAUUUCAUUGAAGGCCUACCUGCUUCUGCUGGGAAGACAGUGAUAAUGGUUGUGGUGGAUAGUUUCACUAAAUAUGGUCAUUUUUUGGCUCUAUCACAUCCUUAUACUGCUACCAUAGUUGUCCAGCAUUUUGUUAAUGGCAUUUUUAAAUUACAUGGAAUGCCUGAGUCUAUAAUUUCUGACAGAGAUCCUGUGUUCCUCAGCAAUUUUUGGGAGGCUUUCUUCAAAGCUCAAGGCACUGUUCUAAGCAAAAGUUCAGCUUAUCAUCCCCAAACUGAUGGUCAAACUGAAAAUCUUAACCGAACUCUGGAGCAGUACUUACGAUGUGUGGCUGGGGAGAGACCACACACUUGGACUAAUGCCUUACCCUGGGCUGAAUGGUGGUAUAACACCUCCCAUCACUCUGCAAUUGGCAUGACGCCCUUUUAGGCUUUGUAUGGCUAUGAACCACCUACUAUCUCCCUUUAUUCUCCGGGGUCCACAGCAGUUAAAGCAGUGGAUAGCCAACUGAGGCAAAGAGAUGAGUUACUAGCCAUUAUCAAACGCAAUUUGCAGGUUGCACAGGCCCGAAUGAAGUUUUUUAUGAUCGAAAACACACGGAGAGAUCUUUUUCAGAAGGGGACUGGGUGUAUCUGAAGCUACAGCCAUACAGGCAACAAACUGUGGAAAAAAGACUUAUUCACAAGUUAGCUCCAAGGUACUAUGGCCCCUACCAAAUUGAGAAGAAAAUUGGUCCUGUUGCUUACAAGCUUAAACUGCCAAGCUCUGCUCGAGUGCAUCCUGUAUUCCAUGUAUCACUCUUGAAGAAAAAGGUGGGCAAUGCUAUAGUAACUUCUGCUCAUUUACCGCCUACUGUUGAUCCACAUAGUCCAAGGUGGUAUCCAGCUCAAAUUUUGGACAGAAGGAUGUUCAAAAAAGGGAACGCACCAGUAACAAAGUGGCUGAUCCAAUGGCUAGGUACAUCUGAACAAGAAGCUACAUGGGAAGAAGCGGAGGAGAUCAUGCAACGAUUUCCUGAUUUUCAAGCUUGAGGUCAAGCUUAUCUUAUGGGGGCUGGACUGUUAUGAAAAAUAGCUUGGAAGUAGGAUCCUAAUUAGCUGGGAGAAGUCAGUCUCGUGCAUGUGUUGGCACGUGGUUAAUUAGUUCCUUCUGUUAAUUAGUUGUUAGUCUAAUUAAGCAUGUUAUGAGUUCAAUUAAGUCUAAUCACUCCAUGUGCGACACGUGUCCACAUGAUAUGGGCUAUAUAUGCCUCAAUCUGUAGCUGAAAACCCUAUCGUUGAAUAUCAGUUCAUUAUCUUCUUCCUUUCCUUUA